AUGGCACCUCCCGUGACACGAAGUCGCUCGAACGACCCAGGCCGCAUGACUGGCGAUGCGGGCACGAAUACACCGCGACCUCCUACCCCUACGCCUGGAGCUUACCCAGACUCGCCUGAGGAACAGCGCGAGGAAGUUGAACAGAGUACGCGACGCGACGAACGCGUCCCAUAUGAGAUCCCAGUAGAGAUGCUCACCAGCGCACGGUUGAUCGACAUCACGAACCGGAACGAUGUCAUCAACAUCGAGAACCCAGAAACCUUCGAGAACCUCUUCGAGGGAGGACCGCAGAAGUUGAGCAAUGUCAGGAAAUGA